AUGAAGGCGCUCACCAGCUCGGUGGCGGCCCUCGGCAGGCGGAGGCUGUGGGAGAAGGCCGCCCACUCUUUGGACGCGCUACUGGGGCUCCGGCUCAGCCCGGACGUUAUCUUUUUCGGCGCCGUCGCCGGCGCUUGCGCGCGGGGCGCGCAGUGGCCGCAGGUGCUGUCGCUUCUUGCGCACAUGAGACGCUGCCGCGUGCACCCCGACGUCAUCACCUACAACGCGUCGGUCGCCGCGUGCCAGGGCGGCCAGUGGCGCGUGGCCCUGGGCCUGCUCGACGAGAUGGAGCGCGGGGCGCUCCAGCCAGACAUCGUCACGUAUAGCGCGGCGGUCACGUCCUGCGAGGAGGGGCGGCGGCGUGACGAGGCCGCGCGUUUGCUGCUGGAGAUGCGGGGGCGCCUGCUGUCGCAGGACGUCGUCGCGUGCGGCGCCGAGAUCGACAGGUGCGGGAAGCAGCACUGGUGGGAGCGGGCCGUGGCCGUCCUCCGCAGCAUGCGGGCGUGCGGGCUCGUGCCGAACCUGGUGACCUACAACGCCGCGAUCAGCGCCUGCGAACGGGGGCGGCAGCCCGGGCAGGCGCUGGCCCUCCUCGAGGAGGCCGCGGGGGCGCGGCUCCGCCCUGACGGCAUCACCCUCAGCGCGGCCAUCUCGGGGCGCGUGCGAGAAGGGGCACGAUUGGCGCAGGGCCGUGGAGUUCCUGGGCGCCAUGCGCGCCGGCGGCGUCCGGGUCGACCGCGUGGCGCUCGGCGCCGUCUUCUCGGCGGCUUCAAGAUUCAGAGGAGGAAAAUGUACCGAUACCGCUACCCUUCGCCCGUUUUCCCCUUUUUCGGCCUCCUUGGAGGCUCUCGUUGUCACCGCUGGAUUCGCUUCGAAAUCCUGUUCAGAACGCACCCCGGGAGAGGCCCAGGGAGUAGCGGUAUCGGUACCAUUUGGUUUCCCCAAAGAUGGCGCCCUGAGGCAAGGGCUAAGUGGGGACUGUCCCUGCACAGGGGGAAUAUUCAAAAUGGUCAAAAGAUAGUCAGGGGACGACUUUCGAAAGGCAUUGCACGCUAG